UGUCUGUAUGCUGACUGGGGAAUUCUGGGAGUUGAAGUCUGCACAUGGAUUGGGGAAUUCCAGGAGAUGGAGUCGGCCCAUCCUAAAGUCGCCAAGGUUGAAAAUCACUGGGGUAGGCAGUGGCUCUGGCCGCCCUCCUUUGCCCUAAGGAGAGCCUUGCCUCACCCCCUCAAGCACAACGGCCUGAAGUCGCAUCCUCGGGUACACGGUGGUCACAGGAGCCCUUCGCCUCUUACUGCAGCCUUCCAGGAUGAGCCUGAAAGUGGGCCUGGUCUCUAAGCUUGGCCUUGGGGAAAAUCAGGAGAUUGGCAGGGCUUGAGAAGGGGAUUAAUCGGCUGUGAGACCAGGAUGCCUUUCUGCUAACUCCAGGAAUGGUGGAGAGGGUUCAGUUCAGCCAAGAGGACAAGCACCAUCCGUAGGACGGCCUGCCAGCCCUCCAAGGUAGACCUGACUGGGUAACCAAGGCAUGCAAACUAGUACUACUUUUACUGUACGGUUACAGUAACAAAAUCACACAAGGCUGAGUGUAUGCUCCCCCCCCUUAUCUACAAGAGAACUAGGGAGGGUCAAGUCUAAGAAUUUUCUCAAAUUCCUUUCCUGAUUUGGCCUCAGAUUUCUUUUAUCCGACUUUGGUCUUGGUGGUGGCUCAGCCACUAACCUGCUCCUCAAGGUUAUUGCCACUGCCUGAAUGUCUUUCGGCUUCCCUGACCUGUUUCUCGACCUCCCUUCAGAAGAUGUGAGCAUCUGAGAUAGACAGAAAGCUGUAGACCUCCCUCUGACUGCACAGACUUUCAGGGUCAUACAGGAAUCCAGCCUCCAUGGCUUGAUAAGAGGUCUAAUCCUUCAGAGUCAAUAUGAUGUGGUUCUGGUGGAUCCUGGUUUAAGGCCAGCCUCAACCGUGGAAGCUGUGUUGAUCCAUUUGAUCCAAUCACUCUUUCUCAGCCCAAUUUUCCCAUAGAGCAAGCUGUAGGGAAAAAUAGUUGGAGAAGGAAGUAUUGUAUACGGUACCACCCUUUUGCAUCUAAUGAAUAUAUCACUGUGAUUCUAAAUGCUUCAGAGUUCUUUGCACAGCCUGCUAUUUCUCCUUUCAGACUUUCCUUUUGAGUGGUAGGCUCUGAAUUAUAAAGGUGUGGGCUGGCUGGGUCUUUCCCCCUGCCUCCAGUUAUUACAAGGAAGUAUACGCCAUAGUGAAAACGGAGGCAAGUCAAGCAUCUGGCUGGGGCAGGCUUUACAAAGAAGUAGGUGUUGCUGGGUGUCUAAAAGGGCUACACCCAGUAGAGAGUCUGCUGCUUACUCCCAGAGGUCUUUAUCUUUUAACAGCCCUGAGAAAGAACGCUUGUAAAGAGUAGCAGCAGAAGCUGUGAGGAGGAAGUGUGCCUCUCUUUGUGGGUUAGAGUUAUUUGGCUCAACUUAAUUAUGCAUCAUUGAGUUGACUCCAAGUGACUGUGACAGGCAAAGGUUCUUCGCUGUGAUUUGCUUGCAGCAAAAACCUGUAGCUCUUCCAAAGACGAUUCUGUAGUCUCUUGGAUCCCACCCAUUCACCUUAGUUUUAAUCCCUCCUCUGUUAUUUUCUAGUCCAUCAUCCACUUGCUUCACACACCCAAAGUACACGAGUUUCUGUUCGUUGAUCUUCUGUUGGCUGGUCGUUAGGUCCACUAAGCGACGAGUCUUUAUUUGGCCCACAACUGAUCGACUGGUCUUUGCGGCAGUUCAUGGUAGUCUCCAGAUGAUUUCGUUCAGGGCUGUCAGUCUUCUUUCUCUUUCUUACUGUCCAACUUUCACAAUUGUAUGCUACCCCUAGAAAGACCACUGCUUUAAAUAUUCUGGUCUUCGUCCUUAUCCUUCAUCGUCUUGAUUGAGUUGCCUGCUUUCUCCUUUAGGAUUAGUCUCCUGUUUGCUUCUCCAACACCCUGGCUAUCUGAUCCCCAGACCAGAAAACUGCCUGUCACUUAUGCUCCCUGUUGUGAAUUUACUAAACCUGUUGCUUGGCACUGACAGGAUGGUCCAAAUUCUAUCAUGAUUUUGCUGUAGCCACACAUCCUAAAGUUCCCAAGGUUGAGAAACACUGUUCUAGAGUGCUUUCUAAUGCAGAGUGAUUAGGCUGGAUCAAGGGUUGCUUUGCUUUCUUUUACUGGUAAAGUUCCUUUAACUUACACAAGGAUGACCCCUGGGUCCUUUGUGGCUGCUUUUGGUGGCCCAAAUCAAGUCAGCUGGGUGGCAGUGAGUGGACCUUGUGAAAAAUCUCCUCUCCAGAUUUGCAGUACUCUUUCAGUGUUCCUUAAGUUGUCCCUCCAGCAGUUGUUUUCCAUAACCGAACAGAAAUACAUAAACACAGUUCUGCAAAUCAUUUUUUUUUAAAGUGUGCAGGACAGAAAAGUGUACAGAGAAGGGAAAUUCAGCAAGUCAGAUUUGAUUUUAAAAAGGGGUCACUUUGGACCCAGCUGCAACUCUUUAAAGCGGCCAGCUGGAAAAGGCACAGCAGCUUCAAAGAGUCGCAGAUGGUGCAUUCUGAAGCACCUUUUUGAAGCUGAAUCCAAAGCGCUCCAAGUCCUAACCUGAGAAUUCUUCCCUAUUUCUUUGCUUCAUCCGCUGCAGUGAAUGCUCCUUUCUGCACAGCAGGAAGGUGUGAGACAAAAUCCCUGUUUGGCCCCUCUGGAUUCUGGAGACCUUUGAGUCUUCCAAGGGUUUGAGAAUCUGCAUUAGGUUAAACAUGUGAGAUGUCCAAAGACCAGCAAAAUACGCAGGCACAACUCCACACCACGAGUUUUAGGUAUCUCUCAGUCCUUGGCCUCUGGCAGUGGGCCUCUCCUUCCUAAUUGUUAAUCCACUGUUGUGGUUGACCUCCUUCAUUGAAAUGACUUUUCAAAUGGAGUGGUAAACAGACAUGAAUGCGGUGGAAACUCUAGUUCUAUUUUGUACCUGCAGUUAAAGACUCAGGGAUCGUCUCAUUUCUCUUAGCUGAAGAACUUCAGUAAUGCUGCCAUCUUGGAAACCUGUAUCCUGAGCUGAAAAGUUCUUGGUGGGAACAGAAGACCCUUACAAAGCCCAUCACAGUUGAGAGGAAGAAAUGGCUCUUCAGACCACACGGUGCUUGGCCUGUCUAUCAGCAGUGCUGUUUUCUGUCAUGAUAAAACCAUCCCAGACCCAAAGGUGUUCCUCAGAGAAGAUGGAAGACAUCAUGGUCUAUAUCCCAGCAGCUUUUUCCAAAGGCAUCAGAGGGACAGAUCCGAUCUAUACACCAUCUUGGGAAGCCUGUGUGAACACUUGCUGCUUGGAAAAAAUAGCAGGUGAUAAGACGUGCAACUAUGUAGUCUUUAACACCAAAAUGAAAGGCAGGUCUCCAAAUUGCUAUCAGUUUUAUUAUCCUGCCAAAGAAGCCUGUCCAGUGAAACCAGCAUUAGGACUGGUGACAUUCAGAAUAAUAGAAGGCCAAGAGAUACCCAGGCCACCUCCUUCCCUAAGCGAACUCCCUCAUCCUACAGCGAACAGAAGUCUGGCGUCCCCACAAGCGGCUGGGUUUGACCUUGCAAGGCCACCGGGUGGACUGGAUUCUUUGCCCAGGGCCUUUAAGAAAGAGAAAAUCUUUGGCCCUGCAGAGCAUCCCUUAGGGAAAGUGGACGGACCCUCCCAACAUCCCAAGGCCGGAAGGACAAACGAUGUGGAGGUCUUUGGUUCUUCAUUGGUGCAGCGAAGCAGCAGUGCUGCUAACACCAUCCAGCAGUCUGCUCCUGUUAAGCUGCCCCUGGCCACCCAUGGCUCUCAGACCAGCAGGACUGUUGGUGCUGCAGCCAUUCGCAGGUCUGCUAGCCAUGCCCCUCUUUCUGCCCCUUACGCCAGAAAGACAAAGGUAGCAGCGCUUCACCCAAGAAAGGCUGCUCUUCCCCAACCAUUGUUCCCUUCCAAAACCCAGACUCACAAUUUCAGCUCAUUGUCGGCCACUCUACCUACUCCAAAUUCAUCUGCUUCUGUGCGCGAUUCCCAUCUUAGUAAUGGACAAUUUAGUUUAGAAGGCUACAGCCCUGAGGGCAGUCCAGGCAGGCGAGAUGGCCCUCAGUUGAGUAACCAACGCUUCAUUCUUGCUACCCUGUUUAUCGCUGUGCUGUUUCUUUUGCUAACAGUGGUAAUAGGGGGGAAGAUGCUGGACUCACUCAAGUUGCUUCACGAAGCUGGAUUGCUUGAUGAGUGACAUGUAUGCCAAUAUGUGACAUAAGAGGGAUUUGGAGACAAGUCAAUGGUCAGCGUGGAGCCAGUUGGCCAGCUGUAGCCUUCAGGAAAAAGAAGAUGGAUUGAAUUUGCUAUCCCAUCCAAGUCGCAACAUUCCACUGCUUCAUAAUCUUUUGCUUUCUCCCAUGAUCUCUCUCCUUGGUGGUACAUAUCACAUAGUGGUAGCCCACUGAGUCUCCUUCCCACCUUGGAAAUUCUGUAGAAAUUUGGAGCGCAAUCCUCUUCACUUGAUGAGUACAUCCUUAGUUCGCUUUUGGGAAGAUUAGUGUCCAUCAGAGCACUUUGGCUACCAAGUCCUUCCACUCCCUUCUAGAGUCAAUCUAGCUUCCUUCGUCUUUUCCUCUGUUAAAGCUCUGGCAUGAAGAGGAUCUGCCAAGGAGGAGGCCCAUUUUAGUUAAAAAGGCAGGACGACAGGAUAUUCAGUUCCUGGAGUUUAGAGUGCCACACUGCAUAUACCAGUAGUCAGAGCAAGCAACACAUGGCAACACUGUUCAUUUGUGCCAGCCCUUCAAAUUGGCCAGAUUAGGAACCCCGCCAUAACAACUACUGCCUUAUAAGUUACAGGGUAUAAUAACAGUAUCUUGAUAGCCUGGCAGAGUUUCUCUCCCCCCACCGCUUAUACCCAAGAGAAUCAAGGAGGGGCAAUCUUGAGUUUCUUUCUCAUCCUGCCCUGCCUUUCUGGCCUAAGCUGAGGUUUCCCUAAUGGCUGCUGCAUACCUUUUUUAAGGCUGUCUGUGCACUCCUCUCUAGUUGGUUUACACCACCUAACUAGUAAGUGCAAAAUUUGAACCUGGCAAAAUGUGCUCUUAUUCAGCUUUUUUGCUCCAGAACCAGCUCUCCCGUCGCAUUUCUGAACUGUGUUCGGAGCUGACUUCUGUGUUUAGUGGCCAAGCCAGUUUAUUAUUUUUAUUUUUUUAUUUUUAACUCAGCUGUAGUGUAACCCAAACAACCACAAACCCAGUUCUCCUGUUCAUAAUAAUGAAGCUGUUUUUUGACUGGGAGGAAUUCAGUCCCAACAUCUCCCAACUUCAGCACUUCACCUGGAGAUGCCUUCUGUCCUCAGGUCCUUAAAGAGGGAAGGGGCUCGCCACCUUCACAGGUCCCCCUUCAGGGUAAUUGCUGAGAUGGUUUUGCAUGGAGCUGCACAGAUGCACGCUCCACCCAGUGGAUUCCAUUUAAAGACACAGCUGGGAUUGAACAGAGUCUUUGGGGCAGUUUCUUGUGUGGAGGUGGUCCAAGCCCAGGUAAUGGGGUGAAAUUGACCAGACUUCUGUCUGUUUCUCCCUUUUCUUGGAUCAGCCUACAAAGCCUCUAAAGUGGGGCUGUCGGUUUUUAACAAUCUCAUUUUCCAUUAUAUGGAAUAAAAAAUUGCUUUAUCUUAGUGCUAACAGGCUGGAGCUACCAAAAUCAGGAAUGGCCACUAGAUGGUGACCAAAGAAGAGUUCUCUGUGUUUCUUUGCUGCCCCGUAGUGUUUACGCGGAUUCUUGCAGCCCAGAUAUGGUAGCCCUACUUUUUGAAUACUGUUUUUCUCUUGGAAGUGAUUCUACUGUCAAUUAUUUAAGCAAUAAUAAAGAGUUUGAAGUCAUUUAAAAGGUUUGAAAUAAAUCCAAGCAGCAUUUGG